CACCGGCUCCUCCUCCCCGGCAGGCGGAGCCGGGAUGGGCCGGCGCGAGGAUAUGAUGUCAAGGCCGGAGCCGGGGCUGGGAUGUAUGGUGGGGGACCGGCUCGGAUGCGAGGAGCCGGAGAGCGGCUGAGGCGUGAGAGCGGACGCGAGGCGCGGAGGCAGCUUCGGCCUGCUGGGCGCGUGAGGAGGAGGAGGAGGAGCGGAGAAAGGCCGCCUUGGCCUGGCGGAGUCAAGCCCCUGAGGAGAGAAGGAAAAGGCGCGAAGGGAGAAGAGGCGGCGGCGGCAUCGGCGACCACCACCGCCCCUUAACUCCUGCUGCUAAGAAUUGGGCUCCGUCCGGUUGGGGACGCCGCGAUGUCGAGCGGGGCAGCGGGCAGCGCCGUGUCGGACCCCCAGCACCCGGCCCGGCUCCUGAGGGCGCUGAGCUCCUUCCGCGAGGAGGGCCGCUUCUGCGACGCCCAUCUGGUGCUGGAGGGCGAGGAGAUCCCCGUGCAGACCAACAUCCUGGCGGCCGCCAGCCCUUACAUCAGAACAAAGCUGAACUAUAAUCCUCCAAAGGAUGAUGGCUCAACAUAUAAAAUUGAACUUGAAGGGAUAUCUGUUGAUAUUAUGAAAGAGAUUUUGGACUACAUCUUCAGUGGUCAGAUCAAGCUAAGUGAAGACACCAUCCAGGACGUUGUGCAGGCUGCUGAUUUAUUGCUGCUUACAGACCUGAAAACUCUGUGCUGUGAGUUUCUGGAAGGUUGCAUUGCUGCAGAGAACUGUAUUGGAAUCCGGGACUUUGCACUACACUAUUGUCUGCGUCAUGUUCAUUAUCUUGCCUCCGAAUAUCUGGAAACACACUUCCGGGAUGUUAGCAGUACGGAGGAGUUUCUGGAACUGAGUCCUCAGAGAGCAAAAGAAGUGCUGUCCUUGGAAAAGCUGAAUGUUGGGAAUGAAAGACAUGUUUUUGAAGCAGUUAUUAGAUGGAUCUCCCAUGACCCUGAGUUAAGAAAGGUUCACAUGAAGGAUGUAAUGUCAGCUGUGUGGGUAUCUGGGCUAGAUGCUACCUACUUGCGUGAGCAAAUGAUGAAUGACCCACUGGUACGGGAGAUUGUCAAAGAAUGUAGCAACAUUCCACUCACUCCGCCACAGCAGGGGGAGGCAAUGCUAGCAUCUUUUAAACCCAGAGGAUACUCAGAGUGCAUUGUCACUGUUGGUGGUGAAGAAAGAGUAUCUCGGAAACCAUCAGCAGUAAUGAGGUGUAUGUGCCCUCUUUAUGAUCCUAACAGGCAGCUAUGGAUAGAACUGGCUCCUUUAAGUACACCUAGGAUAAAUCAUGGUGUUCUUUCAGCAGAAGGGUUCCUGUUUGUACUUGGAGGUCAGGAUGAAGAUAAAGUCACUUUAAACUCUGGAGAAAAGUAUGAUCCAGAUACCAAUUCAUGGAGUUCUUUACCACCAAUGAAUGAGGCACGGCACAACUUUGGCUUGGUAGAGAUUGAUGGAGUGCUAUAUGUUCUGGGAGGCGAGGAUGGAGAACGGGAACUCAUGUCUAUGGAGUCCUAUGACAUUUAUAAUAGGACUUGGACGAAGCAACCAGACUUGACAAUGAUUAGGAAGAUUGGUUGCUAUGCGGCUAUGAAAAAGAAGAUCUAUGCAAUGGGCGGGGGUUCGUAUGGCAAGCUUUUUGAGUCCGUUGAAUGUUACGACCCAAGAAUCCAGCAGUGGACAGCUAUCUGUCCGCUAAAAGAGAGGAGGUUUGGGGCUGUGGCCUGCGGAGUUGCUUCAGAACUCUAUGUCUUUGGUGGAGUGAGAAGUCGUGAUGACAAUCAAUCCAGUGAGAUGGUGACGUGUAAAUCAGAAUUCUAUCACGAUGAAUUUAAAAGGUGGAUCUACUUGAAUGAUCAGAACUUAUGCAUCCCAGCCAGUUCUUCGUUUGUGUAUGGAGCUGUGCCCAUUGGGGCUAGUAUCUAUGUGAUUGGGGAUCUUGAUACAGGUACCAAUUAUGAUUAUGUUCGAGAAUUUAAAAGAAGCACCGGAACUUGGCACCAUACGAAGCCACUCUUUCCAUCGGAUCUUCGCCGUACUGGAUGUGCAGCUUUGCGUAUAGCAAACUGCAAGCUUUUCCGGCUCCAGCUCCAGCAAGGAUUGUUCCGCAUCCGUGUUCCUUCUCCUUGAGAGAACUUCAGAAAACAGAGGAGAUGGGAAUAAUUUGAGAGGCACUCCACCAUAACAAUAUAUCUUUAUAUAAAGGAUAAACAAACAUCUUGCGGCAGAAACUUAAACUGUAUGCUCGGCUUUGGUAUGGUAUCUGUCCUGUUUUUUUAACUGCUUAAAUGCUUAAGCCUCAGCAUUUGCUUUGGGGCAAGUCAUUGUACAUUGAGAAACAUGGUUGAGGAGGUAUCUUAAGUUCAGUUUAUCUAAAGAUACUAAACCAUGCUAUUGAAGCAGUUCCUUUGCUUCAAACCAGGAGGAGUGGAUUAAAAAAAAAAGAAACCUAUUGAAAUUGGGACGGUGGGGGAAUCAGUAAGGGACAUUUUCAUCAAGGAGAAUUGUUACAAAUAACUUUGCUGUGUUGACAUUAGAUGACAUUGAUAACACAGGAAAUCCUGUAUGAAAACCGAUCUCACUAGUAUGCCAAAAGAGACUGUUAACUCUACUGUGGAGAAAGAUGGGCAGUUGCACCUUUUACUUCAAGGCCUUCCUGACAAUUUAAGGCCUGUGCCUGAAAGGAUAGAAUUGUACAUAUGUCACUUUUCAGUGUGUUUUCACUCCUAAUAAUCUUUUUAAAAACAUACCGGUAUGUUUAAAAUGGACUAAACUGAGCUAAAGAUUUCAGUACAGUAGAGAACUGAGUGACACAGAUUUUUUUGUAAAUCUUGUGUACGUCAAAUGAUCUAAAAUGGUGUGUCAUAUGUGGACCAGCACAAAGCCACAUGCUGCAGUAACCACUCACUUGAAAAACGGUGAGUGAGGUUGGGUGGGUGGGUGAAGGCUGGGUUUUCCAGAAUCGCCAUGCUAUUACUAUCAGCCAGUUUAGGCAGCACACAAAUCUGAUUCUGAAUCUUUUUUUUUUUAAGAGAAAUACAAUAAGGAGUAUUUUUCCAAACAACUUGAAAGUUGCUGCAGGUUUACAGGGCUGAAAACUUUAAUACCUAUCCUAGUGCAAAAAGCGAGGAAUGUAAAAGACUGAUUUUUAACUUGUGGGGAGGGUGGGAGUGGAACUAUUAAACAGUAAUACAUUUCAGACUUGCUCUGGAGAAUUAUAUUGGGAUCAAAAGCUGGUGUACAAAUGACCUAUUUCUAAGAUAUAGUCUUACUGAGUACUGUUGAACUUUAGAGUGCAGUUAUAGUGAAGUAUUUUUUUCUGGGUUUUUUUGUAACUUUUUGCUCACAAAUAAUAAUAUUUAAUUGAUAGCAAUUUUUUGCUGGUAGAACACUGUUUACCUCACUACUGAAACUUUAUUUUGUUACUUUGUUAGUGAAACACGAUAAUUUUAAAAAAGAAGAAAUGGAAAGGGGCACAGUCUCGCACUACAACCUUUGCAAACUAUAUCCUUAUAAGAUUUAGUGCUUUCCACUUUGGAAAGUUGUAGGACCUCAGUUGUGCCUGUUGCACUGCAGUGUUGCAGGGCCAGAUGUUGCUCUUGUUUACGCUACGAUAAACCCAGAGGGGUGCCUGUUGUCUUAGAAGGUAACACUGAAAGAGAAGUGACAACUAGUACCACACAACAAUGCUGUAUUAAUUCUAUUGGAAGAGACACUCCAGAAUCUAGGAAGUUUUGACAAGAUUAAGCACAUUUUAAGCCUCAUUUAGUUCAAGAGAAGAGAUUUACCACGCAAUUUUGUGCAUGUCUACUGUGAAAUAAGUCCCAUUAAGUUCAGUAGGUCUUGCUCUUCAGUAACUGUGUUUAAAAUUGCAGCCUUAAGCACAUGCUCAACAUGUCCACUGUAUGUUAGCUUGAUCAUGGCAUUCGUUCUUAAUAAGAUAGGUCAAUCAUGUCACACUUACACAAAGAGUGUAUUCUAUACAUUUGUGCCAUUGGGGAUCCAAUUCAGAAAUUGAAGUAUCAGAAUUCUGACUCUGCUCAGAGGUUACAAUCCAGAAUAACAUUUGGCUUGACUCAUGCAAGCAAUGGAACCACAACUCUGCCCCACUCCCCAAACAGUGGGAGCUGAGAGAUGCUUCUAAGUUCAUUCAUAUAAUACUAUAAACUAUUUUCUCGUCAACUUCAGAAGUUUUGCAGAAAAUCCAAAGGCUGCAAUUCUCAAGUAAUCCACCCUCUUUUACAGUCUCCCAAUUUUCCCUCUCAGCUACUUAUUCCUUACAGGCAGCUAUUCCCCACCCCGUUAUGCUUUGUGCUUUUGUGCUGAGGGAUUCUUCACAUAUUUUCAGGCAGAACAAAGGACUAGCGAGGGAUAAUCUUGAGUUGCUUAUGAUCCUAUUGGGGUGGCAGCAUAGGGAAUUAACAGAUAGUUUCCAACUGAAUCCUUACCUGUGUGUUGUCCUCCCUUUGGAGUUAACUGAGAUGCACUCCAGUCCAAACAUCUGGACCGAAGAAGACCAGUUUAUGUACAAAAGUAAGAGGGAGACAACUGACAAAAGGGGGAGAUGUGUCUAUUGUUUGCUUAGCUUGUGAGAAGCUGGUUCAUUAGAGGUGAUUAUGAGUUUCGUUCAUGAGUUAUACUCUUUCGGGUGGAGUUUUUGGUGUGUUUGCCGCUCUGCCCUCUUAAAUUUGCUUUCUGCAUGUCUGUCCCUUUGGAAGUUAACUGGGAAGAGUGCAGGAGUGGCCAAACCACUCCAAGGAGCCUUUCUUUUCCAUGGCCCAAGGCUGCCUGUUUCGCCAAGUAGCAGGGAACAUCCUAAUUCAGCCUUCCCUAACCCAGUGCCAUCCUCGCAACUGUUUUGACCUACACUCCCAUCAUCCUUGACUAGCUACCACAGGGUGAUGUUUGAAAGUUUAAAAAUCUGGAGGGCAUCAGGUUGGAGAGGGUUGCUAAUUGUUCGGAGAGGCUGUCCUUGCCCUGGCCGUGUUUAUAAUAGUGAAAUUCUAAUGCACCUUACUAAGGAACAAAAUUCCAUACAGUGAAUCUUGUGAGGAGCAAUC